AAAAGAGUUGGGCCGUGAUGCUUUCCUGAGUCACGGUGAUCCGCCCUUACCCAAGAUGGCGUUGGCCAGUCUGCUGGAGCCGAAGCUGCCUGUGAACAAGGCCGGGUUCUUUGGUUUCGGGGCCGGCAACGAGUUUCGGCUCCCCGCGCUCGGCGCUUGCGGUGGAGACGAGAAUGCGGCGGAGUCCCAGGCUUCGGGGCUGCCCCUGGCUUUGGCGGCCCCAUGUGCCAACCUGGGCCAAGGCACCACCAGGGAGGAUGCCAAGAUCGAGCUGCUCCACGGCACCACCACUUUGGCCUUCAAGUUUCAGCAUGGUGUGAUUGUGGCAGUGGAUUCUCGGGCAACAGCGGGUUCCUACAUUGCUUCACAGACAGUGAAGAAGGUCAUCGAGAUUAACCCUUAUCUGCUGGGCACGAUAGCUGGUGGUGCAGCUGAUUGUAGCUUCUGGGAGCGGCUGCUGGCACGGCAGUGCCGCAUCUAUGAACUCCGCAACAAGGAGCGGAUUUCAGUGGCUGCUGCCUCCAAACUCUUGGCAAAUAUGGUGUAUCAGUACAAGGGCAUGGGGCUUUCUCUGGGUACCAUGAUCUGUGGCUGGGACAAGCGAGGGCCAGGCCUUUAUUAUGUGGACAGUGAAGGGAACCGCAUCUCAGGUACGGUUUUCUCGGUGGGCUCCGGUUCUGUCUAUGCCUAUGGAGUGAUGGACAGUGGCUACUCGCAUAAUCUGUCAGUUGAAGAAGCCUAUGAUCUGGCCCGUCGUGCAAUCUACCAAGCUACAUACCGUGACGCCUACUCUGGAGGCACGGUCAACCUCUACCAUGUACGCCAGAAUGGCUGGAUCCGCGUCUCCAGUGAUGACGUGUCCAAACUGCGUGAAUUGUUCCAAGGCAAAGCCACAGGAACAGUGGCUUAAGUUGAUGGACUUUGGGGGAAAGGGAGACAUUGAUUUUGGGUCUAUACGGGGGUUGUUGGCUGGAGGUAGGAUGGCAUUCAGAUUCUUGUCUCAUGCUUGUUUCAUGUAGUAAACCUUUUUUGCUUGUUCUGGAUUAAAACUUUUACUGUCCAAA